UGAAUUUAUGUGAUGAUCAUCAUAUACUUUCAAAAAAAUGAUAAAAAUCAUAAAAAAAAUCAAAAAUCGUAAAAGUGACAUUAUGUACCAAAACUUUGUUUAACUUGUAUUGCCAAUUUGUACCGUUCUUAUUAAUCACAAAUAUAAAUGGACAAAUAAAAACGAUUCUUAUAAUUAUAGAUUGUGUUUACGUAGAUUUUCAUGAUUAAGAGCAUGUUCUGUAUAAUGCGUCACUGUUAGGACUGAAUUGUCACUAAACAUCAAGCUUCACCGUCACCAACAUUUUCAGAUCCCUCAACUCGAUAAUUUCUCAACUCAGUCCUUUCAGGAAAAGUGCAUAAAUUUGAGGUCAUAUUUCAGACUAGAGGCUGAGUAUUGACUUGAGGAAAGUUGGUGACAGCGGGGCCAGAUUUACAUCACUACAUGGCAAUAUAUCAACAAUAAUUAAUUAUUUGCAAAUUUUGAGACAAAGACACACAUUCCAACGGGGUUUGUUUUUAUUUUAGAUGAAUCAUUGCAUAAAUGUUAGAAAAUGUGAGCAAAUAAUUGAUAGGGUAUUACAUGUAAUAUCUAAUUUAAGAUGAAGGGCCGUGUUGUGACAAUUUGACAGAAUACCAGUUAAGGGGUCACGGUUAAGGGUCAGUAAAGACUCAAGUAUAGAAUAGCAAACGCGCUGGCAGAAAAAAUAAAAAAGGAAUCAAUCAAUCCAAAGUCAAUGCCUUUGUAAACUCUGUACCGUGUACAGUCUGAAUCAUAACUGGGCAAAGUUUGAAUAUUCAACUUCUACUGAUACUGAUAUAUGACGCCAAAAUCUAUCAAUUUUGUCCUCGACGUCGGUAUCAUUAUGACGUCAUCAGAAUUGUUACGUUUACACCUGAAACGCCAAAGCUUCAAUGUAUUUGUUUCAUAGCGACCUUGGAAACACUGUACAUGACUCCAUUUUUGGAGAAACAACAGCACAAUUGGUCCGAACGAGCAAACAAUUUUCAGAAUGCACAGAGCAUAUCAACCUCUGACACCUGCAAACAACAUCUACCUGAGGCAAAGGUGGGAUCAAGAAUUCUAUGAAGAACACAGAAAAAAGAUUUCUCUUGCCAAAUCAGUGAUAGAUAAUAAGCCGCCAAAGACUUACAUGCAUCUUCAUAUCAAACUCAAGAAGUUACAGAUGGAAGGAGAACGCCUCGCCAUUGUUGAGAGAGAUAAUAGAAUAUUGUUGGAGAAAAUGGCGUUUAUCAUGAGAACAGGCGGAAGUGUCGAUAACCGGAAGGAGGAUUAUAUGCAAAAAAGCCUGAAUAAAACUAAAAGGCAACGAGAACUUUUAAGAAUUACCCAUGAAAAUUUCGCCAUAUUAAAAAGGUUGACGGCCAAAGAACCGCAUUACCAUCACAUGCGCUGGCAGGAUGAAUGGAAUAUCAAUCAGCGGUACAUGAUGAACAUCUCUAAAUUCCCCCUUUACUGGAAGAACAAGCAUCUUGUUCCGUACGAGGUCCAUAAAGAAAAGAUAGCCGAAGCAAAUAGACGCAUCAGGAAUCAGCAAGAGCAGCAAAUGAAUGACAAAGGAUCGAAACCGGAAGUGAGCGGCUCUAAAGCGAACGGCACCGUGUCCCCCCAGUCCGGUCUCCUAAGCCCCCAGAUCCGUAUCCAGUCCCCCUCCUCUGAUCAUGUGGAAGAUUAGAAAUUUUUUUUAUAUCUUAAAAAAACAAGAGCUACACUAUUAAGCUCUUGCGUUUCUUUGGAAAUUGUAACCAAGAUUGAAGUUAUUAGUUGUUUAUUCAUACGUCUAUUUUCGUAUUUUAUGCUAUUUAAAAUCUUUUAGAGAAUUUUUUAUAUAUACAUUGUAAUUUUUUCCAGUUAUUCAAAUUCAGAAAUUCAGUCAAUGAACAGUUUAACUAUAGUAUUAACUUAUUUGUUGAAACUUUCACAGUCGUCGAUUUAUGAACAUUAUUCAAAGGAUAGAUAACAUAUAAACUCACUCUCUAUCAACCCGGAAAUUCAUACAUCGUUUACCGCAUGAGAGAGGGUCGAAGUUUUAUAUUGUGGUUGUGAUACUACAUUUGUAGUAUAUUGGCAAAGGCUACCGCUUUCGUCACAUUUUGCUUCAACAUUUUGAUAUUUCAUUAAUGCAUUUCUUAAUGUCAAAACCAGAAAUUGGGAUAGAAGAAGUAAAAAAAAAAAGGUUUUUAAACGCCCCCUUUGUCGCGUUUGGUUAAAAGCACGGCUAAAAUUCAAAUAACCUACCGGAAUUGCGCAUUGCGAACGACAUUGAAACAACGGAUGAUAAUGUAAAUCAAAGUACUGAGGUACUGAAAGCCACGCUCUUUUGGUGUGUCUUUAUGCAUAUUGUGUAGUAAAGACUGGAGAUCUCUCUCUCUCUCUCUCUCCCUCUCUCUCUCUCUCAUGCUUUUAAUGUUGACAAAGCGUCAGAGAGCGACCAAAUUUUGUAAGCGGCUAUAAACAAAAGUAUGUCUGUCUAGUAGGAAAAAAAGUUCAACGGUUGAUGCCUUGAAUUUUGCAACAAGCGUUAUAUAUUUAAUCCCCAUUUCGCGCAGCAUAGUAGUUCAUAAAAAUUCAUGCGCAUUGUAUGUGUCCAAAAUGCAUAAUAUUGUUUUUAAAGUACGUUAUUAAUAAGAAAACUAAAAAAGAUAGAUAAUUCUCUCGAAAUUAAAAAAAGAAACAAAAUGCCAGCACCUUUGAAAAAUAUGGCUCUUUGUGUAACUAUUUGGUAUAGCGGAAGCUUUUACUUUGACGCUGUUUGGUUUUCAAUUUACUUUUGAAGUUGUGCUAUCUAUAGUAACAUAAGCGAUUUGCCUGCCUACAGCAAGCACAGACUGCUUUCAGCAGAGCCCAGCUAAAAAGCGUGGUGUGUUCCCAAAACUUCUAAAUGGAUAUUUUAAAAAACAAUUUCUCGUAA